UCAGGUUGUCAUCCCCCGCUGAAACCCUAGUCCGGACGCAAACCUCCGCAUCUCUAAUAAAAAUAUUUACAAUUUUUGACGUAGUUUUAUUUAAUUCAAUAUACUUAAACCAAUCCCAGCGGCACCAUGACGAUGCGACCUGAUGACCACCGAAGGAAAUGGGACAAGAACGAGUACGAGAAGCUGGCGGCGGAGCGGCUGCUCAAUCAGGUGGCUCCAAAGGAAGAAGAGCCCGUGCAGCGAGAAAACCUCAAGCGACGUGACUACAAGGUGGAUCUGGACAGCAAGCUAGGCAAGAGCGUGGUCAUCAACAAAAACACUCCCACCUCGCAAUCCGGUGGCUACUAUUGCAAUGUUUGCGACUGCGUGGUUAAGGAUUCGAUCAACUUCCUGGACCACAUCAACGGCAAAAAGCACCAGCGCAAUUUGGGCAUGUCCAUGAAGGUGGAACGAAGCACCGUGGACCAGGUGAAGGAACGCUUCCAGCAGAACAAAAAGAAAAUGGAGGAGAAGCAAAAGGACUACGAAUUGGAGCGUCGACUUCGGGAGGCCAAAGAGGAGGAGGAUCGCUACAAGGAGCACCGGAAGGAAAAGCGGAAAGAGCGCAAGCGAAAGGCCGAGGAUACGGACUUUGAGGCUGGCGGCAUUCCCGACGACAUGGCCGCUAUUAUGGGCUUCUCCGGCUUCGGUGGCUCCAAGAAAAACUCGUAGAAAUUAAGUGUUGAACUGCCCCUCGUAUUAGUUGUACAAUGAAAUAGAAACUUACCACCAAGCGA